GAGGAGGCAGGGGGAUGUUCACACUCGGUCUCUCCUCUCUCUCUAGGUAGAAUGAGACAUCCCGUUGUUGGACCGGGACUGAAUUGUCUGUCUGUUCCUAAUCUCAUUUGUCUCAAAGAAAUGCCCCCAAGGUUUCACUACAGGGGAACUCAAUUCAUUGUAUGUCUACUGUUUAGCUUAGAAUAACUAGCCUAUUGUUCUGUUUGUUGGAUUUUAUGUAAACCAACCAGUAUAGUGACUUAAUCUUUGUGUAUUUGGUUUUGUCACGUUCCCCGCCCCUCCUCAAAAGAUCUACUGUGUAAUGUGUUUCUUUGCGUUUUGACAAAUCUACCGAACAAACCCCCCAUUCAGCCCAGUAGUCAAAACAACAGCCGCUGGAGCAGUGUAUAGUUGAAUUGAAUUAGCUGUAGCUAUAGGAUGCCAUUCUGAACUGUCUGCUCCGUGCCCCUGCUAGUUCCUAUUGGAAGAGUUUAAGACUGGCUUGACAUUUGGUAGCUGUAUAAAGGAUCUUAUUCAGUCUUACAGUGAGUUGGCCAUGAAAGCCAUGUAUUCAGUUCGUUAUGUAACCUGUGGUACUGAGCGCAAAGAAUUCAGAGGCUCAUCUCUUCUGUGAUAAAGCCCAGUUCAUUGGGCACACUGUCUUAGUUGUACUAGGGGUAAUGUAUCCCGAUAGGACCAUGGGACCCCCCCCCCCCCCCCUUUGCAAAUGUGAUUAUUAAUCGAGACUCCACUAAGUGGAUUUUUGUCCGGCAGAUGUUGUCCUGCCAUGGCAGGGUAGAUGUAUGGUUCUCAGGAAGUGAACAUGUUGUUAAGAGGACAGAGCUCAAAGUACUUUGAGUUUUGAAUUUGAUUUGAAUGAGGACAACCGGAGUACGACGGUGCUCUAACUCGAUCUCAAACACCUUCCUGUUUUGGGGUUUCUUCCCCCCCGUUAUCUCUUCUGACUUCAGUCUGCGUCUCUAUCCACUAAUGAUGCCAGCUCUAAUCCUGUUGUACAGUUGUAGAAUGUGAUUGACCUCCCUCACACCCCACCCGCCCUCUUUCUCCAGCACCUCCUGACCCCUGACCUUUUCCUCUGCCCCCUCUCUGUGACCUCUUGUCUGCACCCCUGACUUGACAUGUCUCACUGACUAAUAGUGUGUUUCUCUCUCUCCCCCUCUCCUCUCUUUUCCUGUGCACUCUAUCCUGUUACUGUUUUAUAAUUUCUCACACACAUUUAUUUUAUUUUAUGGGUUGUGAUUUUGCUUGCGUUUCCCCUACUGGCCCCUCCCUGCAUGGUGUCUACAUGUGGACUGCUCUCUUUCUCUCUCUGCGGCGGGGAAACGAUGGUCCCUCACUGUGCAGUCUAUCUUCAUGUUCCCCCUGUCCUUCUCCUCCUCCUCCUCAAUCUCAUCCCUUCCUCCCAUCCUGGACACCAUCUCUGAGCUGGACAUUCUGUCCGACAUCUCGGAGGACGGGGACAGGGACUACCCGGGUAUCUGGGACCCUGAUUGUACCCAGCAGCAGCAUGCAGACAGCUUGGCUGCAGCAGAGCAGUACCAUCACCAGCCUCUAGAGGCCUCUCCUCCCCCCUCCCCCCUGGCCUGUAGCUCAGAACCCCAGGAAGGGUCACCUGCCCAGGCCAAGGCUGCCGCUCAAUCCAGGCUGGGCCUCUCCCUGCUGGGCAUGUUGACGGGCCUGCGCCUGGGCCUCCUUCCCUUCUCUCUGCUGGAUGAGGACGGCUACCUCUGCUUUCCCAGUCUGCCCCAGGACUGUGCUGCCUGCUUGGUCCCCGCGGGGUUGCAGCGCUUCCUGCCCCUCUCCUCCCCCUCCCUGGUGCCCUCCUUCAUGUUCAUCUUGGCUGUGCUGCUGUCUGCCUCCCAGUCCCUGGCUCUGGCCUUCCUCUUGGCCCUGCCCCUGGCCUUGUCGCUGUGCUAUCUGGAGCCCAAGGCGCCCGCCCCCGUGGCCAGGCUCUGCUCAGACAAAAACACUGACACACACACUUCCCUGCUGCAGGAAGAGCUGUGUGACCCUGCUGCCUAAAGACCGCUACGACACUUUACGCCAACGCAGCGACGGCGCGUCGUUCUCUACGUACUUCUACACACUAUUUUGUGCGGGUCAAAUUUUGGAACGAAUCGCAUACGACGCUCCGUCACUUUGUUUGCGUAGGGUGUGUAGGGGCCUUAAGUGGCACCAUGUCACUACCUCACCUCUGUGUUCUGCACUCCCUCCCUGAUAUGUUUCUCUCUCCGUUUUCCUUCUCCAAACCCUUGAUUUUCUGUGUAAAAUGACCAAAUUGAAUUGUAAUCUUUCGCCAAUCUCCAGAGAUCUUAAAUUAGAAAUCAUAUUGUACUAGUAUUGGCUGCUCUGUCAUGAAUCAUUUUUGUUAAAUGAAUAAGAGGAAAAGGAUACCUUGUACAACUUUUUAGUGUUGUAAAAUGAUAAAUUCCUGUCAUCAUACGCUGGAAAUGUUGAUAAACCGCUAGAUGUGUGAA